AUGGAUUUACCGCUAAUCGUCUACUCUCCUGAAGAAUACAUCGAAACGAGCACUGGAAAUAAGGUUUACAAAAAGGCGAGCAUCUACGGGUCGCAAAACAUCGUGCUGAGUGGAAAAUGUGUUUUGCAAAAAGAUUGCAUAUUACGAGGAGAUCUUGCGCCAAUUCGGAUGGGAAAGUUUGGGAUUAUUGGCGAAAAUUCAGUCAUUCGGCCUAGCUUCAAAAAUUUUAUCAACAAGGGCCCACAAGGAUCGUUUAUCCACGUAAAAAUUGGCGAUCACGUGUUUAUUGGAAAGAGCUGCAUAAUUAUGGCAGGACAAAUCAGCUCUUACUGCCAUAUCGGUGAUGGAGCGAUUUUGGGUCAAAGUUGUGUUUUGAAGGAAUGUUGUGAGGUUCAAGCAGAGGCUGUUAUUGCUCCCGACUCCGUUUUUCCACCUUUCUCACUAAUUGGUGGAAAUCCAGCUCGUGUGAUUGGUUCAACGGCUCCGUGCACAGCAGAUAUGAUGAUUGAAGCGACACAGGAAUACUACGAGAAUUUUGUACCAAAGACGUCGGCGCGAGCAGCACUCAUG